GUUUUGCCUGAAGGUGUCAUCUGCACUGGAUUUUUGCUGUGUGUGACCAACUGUAACUACUACUGACUAGAAAUGUCAGACGCAGAGGAAACAACAACAGCAGCAACUGUGGAUAUGGCCUCUAGCAUGACCACAGCCACCAAUUACUUACAGACGCGCAAAGGCAUGGUAAUGGCAGGAGAAAUGCUUCUCUGCAUGUUGUCUAUCAUUGGCAAGACUGUUCCAGUCAAUGUGAGUUGCAACAUCCAUGUGCCUAUUGCACAGAUUGUGUUUGGCACUUUGAUGCUAAGUGGCUUUGCUAAAGGCUUGGACAAGACAUCCUUUCAGGCCCACUGGCUGUUUUGUGACCUCAUCAGGGUUGUGAAUGGGUCAGUCAUGCUCCUGGUGACUUCAGGCCAAUGCUUUGUUGCGAUCGCUAGCACGGUUCCCUCACUCCUAGCAGGGGAGAUAUUGGGAUUGUGUGCGGGUGGCUUAUUUGCUUAUGAUACUUUCUUAGUGUUCUCUAUGAUAAAGAGUACACCUGCCCACCCCUGACCCAGAGCUAACGAGAGAGCAUACUGAAUAUGACAUGACAACCUCUGAAGACAGAAGAAGAGAAAAAACCCUCAUGGAACUAAAAGAAGGACUGAAAGUCAAAUGGUAUCUCUAAUAAAAACAUACUAGUUGAAAAAAGUGUUAACUGUGUUUGGAAACAUGCACAUAACUGUGAAAUAGUUCACAAUGGGUUUCCCUAUACCUGUAUUUUAUUUCCCACUGUUAUUUAGUUUUCAGUUUUCCUUUGAGUCUGUCUCUUGUUCCAGUUAGAAUUAGAACACUGUCUUUUCUCACCACCACAAAUAAGAAUGUGUCUGUCAAAAGAUUAUUGAACAAUUUCCACCGUUUUGACACUUUAAUAGAAGACAAAGUACUGUAUAUGAUAUAUAUUGACCUUACCUUAAAAGUUGUCUUGACCGCAGUAUUUAUCCCCACUUUUAAUCCAUGCGUAUCCACCACCAUCAUUCAUGUUCCACAGUUUUUGUAAUCCACAUCAUAGCUCGAAAGGGACUAUCUUCGAGAUUAACUUUAAUUAUAAAAGUAAGCAACUGAUCUGAGCCAAAAAUU